AUUGUAAAUAGUGUCAGAAUGAGAAAUCCAAUUCCUUCCCUGCACUUCCGUCGCGCGUUGCCACACGCGCCAUACCUUCCGCUGCGGUCUCACUUGACUUCGCCUUCUUGUGUUCCUCAUCUCUUGCGCUCCGGCCGGUCGACGUUGCCGAUCACGAUGUCCAGCAAUCAUACGACGGACCAGCUCGAACUGAGUGAGCUCUGCGAUGAGUCCGACCUCGAGAAACUCCUCUCCCCCGCCGGCCGCAUCUCAAUCUGUGGCUUCGGCUCUCUCCUCUCAGAGAGAAGCGCGAGGCGCACGUUCCCGACCUGGUCAACUUCAGAGUGGCGAGGUUGACGGCUUCUGGCGCGUCUUUGCUCAUGUUGCUCCGAUUUGCUUCGAGCGUGUCAUAGCCAAGCCUGAAACUAAGGAUAUUUCGAGUCUGAGCGUCCAUGUGAAGGCGAGACUCUCAUAGUUACUGUUUUUGAGAUUAAGCAGUCGGAGCUUGUUCCCUGAUGAACGAAGAUUACUGUAUUUAUCAAGAGGGAACUCGAGUUUGGAUUUCUUGCCGUUUUGCCUCACGCACUCGAUGAGAAAUCCUUACGAUAAUCUAGCUGUGCGUAAAAAUUUGACAUUUUCAUGUUUAAAUGAUUUUAUGGUGUUUUCUUUUUGCAUUAUAUGUCUGGCCAUGCAGGUACUUUGUGCUCAGUAUAGCGACGAGGAAUUCUUCCGAGUCAGAUAUAAAGAAAGCAAGGAGAUCUAUUUUCAACACUAUGGACGACAUGGUAUUGAUAAGAUCUGGCGGGAUGUUUUACCUUGUCGUAUGUAUCUUGGACACUGAGCAGGGAUGGUUGGCCGAGCCAUAUCAAAAUGUGAUUCAUUGGAGCUUUCAGUUUCAGCAUUGUCUUGGCUGCAGAGAACCUCGGCGAGGCUGUCUAUGACAAUUUUCUUGAUCACAUCUAUCUGGCUGAUUGCAAAACGACCAUCCGCGAGUACUUAGAGACAUCAGGAUCAGGAAUCAUGUAAGAGGAGCCUCCUUAGUCUGUCAAAUCCUAUUCCAGUGGUUGAUAUCCCAAUAGAAAGGGAUCAAACUUCGAAGGAAGGUAUCCUGCGAUUGGGAAUUAUAGCAUUAAAUACCUCGAUGAUUCUUCCUGAAAGCUGAAAACGCAAGUGAACCUGCCAAUUUAAACCAUCUAAAUUUGUCACGAGACAUUGAAUAACACGGCAAUUGAUGUGAAAUAGAUCCUGUCACGUUCUUAAUGAAUUAUGUUGUCUGCGUUAUGUUAUGCUCCUCCAUCUUUGCUGACGGAGGUUGCAACUCAACAUUAAGGAUGUUGCGUGAUCAUAUGCCUAUGAAAACGGUUGCCGAUUGUCACACCAAACAGUUUACUCGUAACCAUUAGAGAUUGCACUGCUGCUAGAGGAAAAUGAAUUGAGGUGAUCUUGAGCCAAACACGUGGUCACGGUCAAAGAUUAAUCGGAGAUGCAGGACGAAAACACAGAGAUAAUAGUCAUUGAUCCAGAAUCAGAAGUAGCCACCAGAAGGGAGGAUUUUGAGUUGAUUACUAACAGUCCCCUGUCCGUAUAGAAAUUGAUUGAUGCCAAUAAUAUCACGAAAUGUGGAAUAUGUGGAAUUGAAUCAUGUCCAAGAAGUCUUCCCUGCAAUACAAAAGGUCAAUUGCCGAGGAAGAACGGCAACUGAAGUUCAGACAAAAAUUUGAAAUAAAAUAAAAAAGAUAUAAAAACAAAAAUGUCAGUCAGUGUCAAUUCCAAUUGAUAUCCUUCAGUUAUAACUAAGGAAAGCAUCAAUAUCAACCACUGCUGAACGGAAGAAGAAGAUCACUUCUAAGUAGAUGGAGAUUGCAGGUGUUGUUGCUGGCUUAUUGAAUUUUCUGUCCCCAGUGAGUUCGGUGCCUGGAGAACUCUCCCGACAAUUCAAGCACGUGACAAGAUUGAAUGAUGAAGCUGACAGACUGAGGAGCAGGAUGAGAGAGCUUAACAGUCGUGAGAAUGACAUAAGGUCGGAGUUAGAGAUUGCUGAACUGACCAGAUGGAAGAAGCCGAAGAGUGAAGUGCAGCUGUGGCUUGUUAAUGUCCAACAGAUGAAAGCUGAAGUUGAAACAAUAGAAUCUCAAGUCGAUAAGGAACUGAACAGGUGUAUACCCAACUGUUUUUCGAGAGUACGGCUCGGGAAAAAGAUUGUGAAGAAGACCAGAAAGAUAGAAAAACAUAAGGAGAGUGGCCGGUUUCCGGAAGGAUUGUUACUUGAUCUUUCAGCCGAGCAUGGGAAGAUGUUGUCUGCAGCGAAGUUGAUCGGAGAAACUACAGCCAAGAGAAAUCUCGAGGUGAUCUGGGAAUCCUUAAUGGACGAUGAUCUGGGAAAGAUCGGAGUUUAUGGGAUGGGAGGAGUGGGAAAAACGACCCUCAUGAUGCAUGUAAAUAAUCGUCUCAUGCAGAGCAAUUCCAUUGGUUCUGUUAUAUGGGUGACGGCAUCAAAAGCUUUAGAACUUCAGAAGCUGCAAUCUGAUAUUGCUAGGGCUUUGAAGCUUGAUCCAUUCCCUGAUGAUGAGGACGAAACAGGUCGGGCGGCUAAGUUGUUGGAGACCUUUAGGCGGAGGAAGAAGUUUGUUCUCAUCUUAGACGAUAUGUGGACAUCGUAUCCUCUCUAUAAGAUCGGAGUACCUGAACCAAGCAGGUCGAACUGUUGCAAAAUAGUGCUGACCACUCGGUUACUGGAAGUCUGCAGGGGAAUGGAGGUGCAAAGAGUGGUUAAAGUCAAUCUUCUCUCAGAGGAGGAGGCGUGGAAUCUGUUCAGAGAUCGAGUCGGACUUGGCUGCAGUAUUGUACUUGGGCCCGAAGCAGACAAGAUUGCUAAACUCGUUGCAGCAGAAUGCGGGCGUCUACCUCUUGCCAUCGUCACAGUGGGAGCAGCCAUGAGAGAAGUGGAAGAUAUAAGGGAAUGGAGAACUGCUUUGCUCGAGCUGAGGAGGAGCUCAAAGAACGAGAUAAAGGGCAUCGAGACUGAGGUCUUUGAACGCUUGAAGUUUAGUUACAGUCGCUUGAGAAAUGACAUGGUCCGAGAAUGUUUCCUGUACUGUGCUUUAUUUCCCGACAACUACAGAAUUGAUCUCUCAGAGCUGAUCGAGUAUUGGGCUGCAGAAGGCCUGAUUGGUGACUUCCCAAACAGGGAAGCGGAGAAGGACAAGUGUUGUGUUAUCAUCAAUGAACUGAAGAACGCUUGUUUGUUAGAGACAGCUUUUAACGAGAACAGUGCAGAAUGCAUCAAGAUGCACGAUAUGGUGAGGGACAUGGCCAUUCACAUUACGAGAGCGCAGAAUCGGUUCAUGGUGAAACUUGGGAUUGGCUUAAACAAGCCGCUGCAAGGAGAAGAAUGGAGUAAGAAUUUCGAAAGGAUAUCACUGAUGAAAAAUAACAUUCCGGUUUUUCUGGGAGAACCAAGGUGUCCAAAGCUGACGACAUUGCUGGUUCAGGAAAACCAUGCCCUGAAGAACAUCUCGAGUUACUUUUUCUGUCACUUGGCUGCGCUGAAGGUCCUUGAUAUGUCCCGCACCGGCUUAGAAGUUCUUCCUGAGUCCAUUUCUCACUUGAUAAAUUUGCGUUCUUUGGUUUUAAGGGAUUGCACGAGAUUAAAGAAGUUGCCAUCAUCGUUUGAGAAGCUCAAGGACUUGAUUGUACUCAACCUCUCGAACACGGGGAUUGAAAUUUUGCCAAGCGAGAUGGGAAAUUUGAGAAAUCUCAGGAAUCUCAACCUAUCUCAGACAAAAAAUUUGAAUCAUGUGGCUGGAGGAAUCUUUUCCAAGCUCUCCCUUCUCGAGUAUCUUUCGAUGCACGGGAGCAGGUGGAGAUGGCCUGCAAGAUCGGACAAUGAAGAAGCCACUAUAGAAGAACUCACAUUCUGCGCUCACUUGGUGAGUCUCAACAUUGAAUUUCUAGACUUGGAAGCCCUUGAGAGUUAUGUGAAUUCUGGGCAUUGGCGGGUUCUAAAGGAAUUCCACUUUCGAGUUGGUUCAGAAAUCUCAACUCUAUUCCAUGCGCAAUUGAAGCGAAGCAUCGAGAUCAGCAAUCGCCUUGGUGGCGUAUCCUCUCUUCCUAAGAACACACUUGAGCUUUCCAUAAAGGACUGUCACGAUAUCACCCAUAUGCCUCCUGUGAUGUUGAUGGACUUAAACCAGUUGACAGAUUGCUCCCUUAGCAGGUGCAAUCAGUUGGAGUAUAUCUUCGCAGGAAAACACCGCAAUCUUCUCGAGAGUUUGGAAUCCCUGUGGCUCUGGGAGCUUCCCAAUCUUAAGGCAUUCUGUAAGGAAAAAUUUCUACCCGGAACUUUUGAGAACUUGAAGGCCCUGACUGUCUACGACUGUAGCAGUCUCAAGAGCCUGUUUUCGACCCAAAUGUUGCUCCAACUUCAAAGCCUCGAAAAGAUCGAAAUCUGCAGCUGCUUAUCAAUGGAGGAGAUUAUAAUAUCGGAUGAGAAGGACGCUUACAUCGGCAAAGCAAAUGUCGUGAUUCUUCCAAAGCUGAAGAGCUUGCACUUGGACUACUUGCCCAACCUCAAGGCUAUCUGCAGAGACAUUCUUAUAUGUUGUUCGUUAAGCUCAGUGGUCAUUCUGGAGUGCCAGAUGCUUAAGAAGCUGCCAUUUUCGUCUUUGAAUUUACCGGAGUCUCUUCAGAACUUUGCAGGGGCGACAUCAUGGUUGGCUAAAUUGGAGUGGGACGAUGACUGUGUGAAGCGAUACUUCAUGAAGUUUGCUCAAAGAGCUGCUGAUAACUAAUCGAAUAAAUGAGAAAAUUUGCUUUUCCUUGGUGUUAAAAA